UCAAAGAAUACAAAUGCAUAGUAUGUUGCAAGCAAUGGGACGAGAAAUUGUUCGCCAAGAAUGCCCUCAUCAACCAAAAAAACAAAGCAGAUUGUACCUAUUCUACCAUAUCAAAUAUGUUCUCGAGAUCAUAGCAACAAACAGAGCUAUUGAAGAAGUUAAAGCUAUAGUUCUGGAUUUGGAACAGCCAGAAGAGGAUUUGGAAGAGCCAAAAACAACUACAUUGUGGAUUGAAAAUUUAUCACAUUUGAGCAACCUUAGAUUGCUCAUAUUUCAGAAUGUGAAAUUUUCUGGAACAUUGAAUGACCUUCCAAGCAAGUUACAAUAUAUUUCGUGGCAUGAAUUUCCUUUCACAAGGCUGCCAAGUUUUCAAUCUGAUAUGCUUGUUCAAUUGAUUAUGCCUAAUAGCAACCUCACAGCAGCAUGGAAGGGCAAACUGGUGAUGUUAAUGUUCUUUCAUUUGUUCUUUUUCACUAUUACACAACAAGGAAAAAAGGGGUAACCCAUUCAAAUCCACGAUUAAUAUUGGCAUUUGUUAUUUGUUGAAUAUCUUUAAUUCAUGUUCUUAUAAUUAUAUAUAUAUAUAUAUAUCAUAU